AUGCUGCUGCUCUGGGGGUUACUGCUGUGUCGGGGGCUGCUGCCCCAAGCCCAAGGGGAGGCUCAGCACCUGCUCCAUCUGCGGAUCAGCAGCAAUCAGCUGGAAACAGUCAUUUCAGACCUGUUCUCAGAGCACCGCAUCCUGGACCACCUGGUCAGCCUGCCCGUGACGGGGGCCAUGAGUGAAAGUGUCGCCGUCCUGGACCACCUGCCCUUUGUAAGAAAAGGCCUCUCUAAGAAGAGCAGUGGGCUGGACCUGUCGCUGGUCGGGGACCUGCUCUCGGGGAGGAGCCUCCCACUGCUAAGGGACCUGCUCCAGGCAGGAGGAUUGGUCGUGGAAGAUGCCAAAGGACCCGAGGUCACCCUGCAAAUCCUAAGCGACAGCCUGCUGCAGGUCACGUUGCGCUGCAAACUGUACCUCUCGCUCCAGGAGAUCCUGCGGCUCAAAGUCAUCAAGAACAUUCGCAUUGGAGUACGGCUGGAACACACAGGAAAUAAAACCAAGGUGGCCUUUGAGGAGUGCCACAGCCCACCUGGAUACCUGAGCAUCGAGGUGCUGGAGCCGAUGGACUCCCUCCUGGUGAACAAACUUCUGAAGUUGGUGACGAGUGUCCUGGACGAGGCAUUGCCCUUCCUCCUGCAGAAGAUAGUGUGCCCCCUGGCCACCACACUGCUCAACUUGCUGCUGGAAGACCUACUGCAAAUCACUCUGCCCCCGGCCGGCUCCGGCCCUGAGGACUUCCAGUACUGCGUCACCACCACGGAGCUCACAGAGGCGGCCAUCCUGAUGACAGUCCAGCUCAUGACCCCCUGUAGCCCAGGCCAGAGAGCCCCAAGGCCUGAGCGCCUGGCACCUCAACCCCUCCCAAGAUUAGCCCAGGGAAGCAUGGCAGACCUGGUCUUUGGGUUGGAAGUCUACAAUGACAUCUUGUCCUGCCUCUACACCAGCACGGAGACCCCUGUGGACCCCCGGGACCCCACAGCCUCUGACCUCGUUCGGCUGUUGUCACUAGGAGAACUGGAGCCCGGGCCCAAGGCUUCCCGUCAGUCCAGAGGGAGCAUCGGACUGACCAUCAACACCCCUGAUCCUCCCACGGUCCGCCUCAACGGCCACACGGCCACAGUAGUCCAGCCAGGCUCGCUGGUGCUGCUGGGGCCCAGCGACACCUCCUCUGUCUCAGUCUCCUGGAAACUCUUUUCUGAGGCUGUGUUUUCCUCAAGAAAUCAGGACCUGAUAAUCCAGUUCGCUCCAAACAGCACCACGGUCAUCCUGGGCCCCUCUCCCGCUGGCAUAGAGAAGCAGGAAGGACGCCUGAAGGCCUUUCUCCUAGAGCUUCUGCCCAGGGUGUUUCUGCCCCGUCACAAUGAGCUGCUCAGAGAACACCAGCUGCCCCUGCCCAGUGUCAAGGGCGUCUCCUUCGACCAGGCCCGAGUGGACCUCUCCGAGGAUUACCUGCUGCUGAUGGUUCCGGAGGAGUAG